UUCUUUUCUAUAUUUCUAAGAAUUUAUUUAAAUUUAAAUUUGAGCAUAAUUGAAUCACUCAUAAGGCUUCCAUCCAUAUAAGCAGCAGGUUGUCGAUAAUAACAAUAAAGUAGAAGUGAUAAUGGGGGAGAAUGAGAAUUGUAGCAAGACAUAUGGAGUUCCAUUUUAUGGUGCUUCAUUUGUUCCCCAUAAUGUUCUCCUUAAAUCAUCCAAUGAUGCCGAACCUAAGAAAGAAGAAGACGAUAAUUCUAGACCGAAUUAUGUGAUAUUCUCCGGUGGGGGCGGUGAAGGUCGAAGUGGCAUCCCUAAUGCUCUUGUUGUUUCGGUUUUUGAUGCCGCCACAAAUUCCCUUUCUGAUGAGCCCGUGGAUAAACAUGGAACUGGUGAUGAUCUGCCCUACCGAAUGGCUGUUCACCCUGGAGGAGAAGGUGUAAUAUGUUCAUUGCCAAAAAGUUGCAGGUGGUUUGAAUGGGAUACCUUUACCAAGGAAGAUAUCUUUAAGUUGAGUGUAAAACCGUCUGAAAAAAUUCUUGACCAAUUGGAAGAUGUUGGGCAACAAUUGGCAGUUACAUUUAGCCAUGAUGGUUCUCUACUUGCAGUUGGCGGUGAGGAUGGUACACUGAGGGCAUUCAAGUGGCCUAGCAUGUCAUUAAUUCUUGAUGUACCUAAGGCUCAUUCAUCUGUGAAGAACUUAGAUUUCAGUCCUGAUGGGAAAUUUCUUGUCUCGGUAGGAAGUGGCCCUGGUAGGGUGUGGGAACUCUCAUCCUCCGUAGCCAAAGCCUCUUUACCAAAAGAAAAUGAUGAAAUCUUUGGAUUUUGUAAAUUCUCACAAAAUAGCGGGAAUGAUCAAGUUCUCUAUGUCACUGCAAUGCGAGACCGAGGAGGAAGUAUAGUGAAGUGGAACACCACAACCUGGAAGCGGAUAAGCUCAAAACAUGUUAUCAGAGAUCCAAUAUCUGCUUUCAAUGUAUCAGAUGAUGGGAAGCACCUGGCCAUUGGUACCAUUCAAGGAGAUAUUCUUAUUCUGAAUUCUAGUAGCAUGAAGGUACAUACUGUAGUUAAGAAAGCACAUCUCGGGCUUGUAACAGCACUAGCAUUUUCAAGUGAUUCUAGGGCUUUGGCUUCUGCAUCUUUAGAUUCAAGUGCUAGAGUGACACUAAUAAAAGAAAAUAUGAAAACUGGAAUGAGCUUAUGGGUCAUACUGCUUUUCUUGUUACUUGCUGCAGCUUUAUAUUAUGCACAAUCUGAAGGUUAUCUUAAGUAGAAUAUAGACGUGUUUUCCAAGUGUGGUACUGCCCUUGUUACUGGUAUCUCGUUCUGUAAGUGCAUCAAAUGCUUGAUUUUGCCUUUAAAAACCUUUUACAACAUAUAGAGAAAUUAGAUUGAUGGUGUUGUGUAGCAGCUACCUGUAUGUUCACAUGCCGUUGUCCAAUCUGUGGCUAGUUAUUUCAACUGUUUUAUCUGAAGCGUAGUAAUGUUUUGUUGUGAAGUAUACAUAAAUGUUAUUGUUGAAUGAUCAUUUGACCUUUAUUAUGUCAAGGCAAAUUGUCCUCUA